CAAUUCAUCGAACACUAUCUAUAUUCCAAAAUAUGGGAUAUUAUUGAUAGGAGAUAACGAAUAUAUCAUCAUUGAUUACUUAGUUUGUCAUAUCUAGUCUUGAGUAGAACAUUGCAUUUGUGAGAAUGAAGGUUUUUUGUGGAGUGUUUUUAGUUGUAUUGGCAGUGACGAAUUCGGUAGCUUUGGAACAAGCUGCCCAAUUUUUUACGGAGGCAGAAAGUCCAGAAUCUCUAGCAGCAAGAUCAUUUCAACCAGGAGAUUGUCAAAAAGAUACCCACGAAGGCACAUUCGUAUGUAUGGCCCUGUUUUGGCGAUACAGAUGGAAUGACAAGCACCAAGGUUGUGUGAAAGCUGUAUUUGGGGGAUGUCAUGAAACGAAGAACAAUUUCAAGACCAAGGAAGAAUGCGAAAAGGUGGCAGUUCCGAUUUGCAAAGCACAAUUGAACCGUUAAAAAUAUUGAGUGUAGAGUAUUUGCGUUUCUACAUUAUCAACUAUCUAUAUGUAUAUAGAAAUAAUGCGUUGAUACUGAGUACAAAGAAUAGUUAAGUGAUGAUCUGGAAAACCAUAAACUUUUAAUAGCAUUCAUUCUACUUUUAUUGUGAACAAGCGAGUGAGGAAAUAUAUUUUGUUUUCACACGAAUUUAUAAUUAAAUAAAAAUGCUAACCAUACAAUGAUAUUGUCAAUUAGAAAUUUUGUCUUGAAUGUGUGGAUAUAAUGAAAUAGUAUAUUACAUAACUAGUGUGGAAAGUGACAUAUUAUCAUUAUUAUUUAAUUUCACUUCAAUAUUUAAAUGACAUCAUUAGUUUAACGUUAACUCAACAUUAACUCAAUAUGAACUUAACAUUAACUCAACAUCAACUCAACAUUAACUUUAGAUUAACCUAACAUUGACUUAACAUCAACUUAACAUUAACUCAAUAAUUAUUCAACAUUAACUCAACAUUAAAUCAACAUUAAAUCAACAUUAAAUCAACAUUAAAUCAAAAUUA